AAGAGAAAGGGGUGACCACAACAAAACGCGUGUGGUGGGGGCAUUCAAAUUCCUAAUUACUUUUUCCACCCAAGCAAAUCUUAUUUAUACCCCCUCGUCUAUUUCAUAUUUUAUCUCUGAUUCUCUCUCUCUCUCUCUCACACACACACACCUACACAAACACACCCCAAUAUCAUCUUCACUUCUAUCUGUUUCUCCCUCUCUCUCUCUCCGUGUGUGUCGUAGCAGACCCCAAUAAAUCUAUCAGAUCUUCAAUACCCAGGUGAAGAAUUGCUUUAGAAAGUAGGGAAAUGAGGGAGGAAAUGCCGUACGGAACCGAAGAAGGUGAGGGGGAGGAAGUUGGGUUUCCUAUUAACACUCAUAAGAGAUUGGUGGUGGUGGGUUAUGCUCUUACGUCUAAGAAGACGAAGAGCUUUUUGCAGCCAAAGCUUGAAGGUUUAGCUAGAAACAAGGGGAUUUUAUUUGUUGCUAUCGAUCAUAACAGGCCCCUUUCGGAUCAAGGUCCUUUUGACAUUGUGCUGCAUAAGUUGUCAGGAAAAGAGUGGCGCCAGAUUCUUGAGGACUAUAGGCAAACACAUCCUGAAGUCACUGUUCUUGAUCCACCUGAUGCCAUACAACAUUUACACAAUCGUCAAUCCAUGCUCCAGGCUGUUGCUGAUAUGAACUUGUCUGAUUCCUAUGGCAAAGUUGGUGUUCCCAGACAGUUGGUUGUCAAAAGAGAUGCAUCGUCCAUACCUGAUGCUGUUGCAAAUAGUGGGCUGACACUACCCAUUGUUGCAAAGCCACUGGUCAAUGAUGGAAGUGCAAAGUCACAUGAAUUAUCACUUGCUUUUGAUCGAUACUCUCUCCAAAAGCUUGAACCUCCGCUUGUUCUUCAGGAGUUCGUAAACCAUGGAGGUGUUCUUUUUAAAGUCUAUAUUGUGGGUGAAGCUAUAAAAGUGGUCAGGCGUUUCUCUUUACCUGAUGUCAGUAAACGAGAGCUCUCCAAAACGGCUGGUGUAUAUCGUUUCCCCAGGGUUUCUUGUGCUGCAGCUUCUGCAGAUGAUGCAGAUCUGGACCCAGGCAUUGCUGAACUUCCUCCACGACCGUUACUUGAGAGACUUGCCAAGGAACUUCGCCGUAGACUGGGUCUGCGGCUGUUCAACUUGGAUAUGAUCAGAGAGCAUGGGACCAGAGAUCGGUUUUAUGUCAUUGACAUUAACUAUUUCCCUGGGUAUGGGAAAAUGCCAGAGUAUGAGCACAUAUUUACGGACUUCCUCUUGAGCCUGGUGCAGGCCAAGUACAAAAAAAGAUCUGGCUGAAAAACUUUUAAUUGACUCUCCUUGAGAACAAGGUGGGAGUCUGAUCACAGAUAUAGCAGAGCACCUCAAUAAGAUUCUGCAGGGCAAGGUUCCUUGCUUCGGUCCCACGUACAGUGACAUGUGUGGAUCCCUGCUGAUGGCCGAAGGAAGAUGUUCGGCCGCACAGUCAAGUUGCUAAUAGGAGAUGUUCCCCCCAGAAGAAUGCAUCAUGUACAGAGUUCUCAUGAGUCUAACUUGGCUCUGUUGAUUCUUUUUCUUUCUACCUGUUUCUGUCGUUGGUAGAUCAUGUAAGCAGCUGCUAAUUACAGAAUCUCAAAAGUUUGUUGGGUUAAUUUUUUGUCUGAUAUCAUUUCCAAUUUUAUAAUUGAUGCCUCUUCCAUAUAUUUUUUUUUUGGGGUUACAAUUGAACCCUACUUUUUCGUAGGUAUGAACCACUGGAAUUUUUAACCAUGGUUCCAUCUUCUCCAUUGAAAUGAAGCAACUUUUCAGAAAA